ACUUUUGGAGGUGUGCACAUUUACCACGACUCCUCCUCUGUGAGUCAACCUGCUCUGCUUCCUUUAUAUGACCCUCCAGCAUUUUGACUGCUGCCAUUUUUUCUCUGCUGCCUGUUUCCUUCACACAUCAGAAGCAAAAUGACGUCUGGAGUAAAAGUCUGCGACGAUGUGAAAAACAUCAUCACCAAAAUGAAAGUGGUGAAAAGUGAUGAUGCCGAGGCGGAUCGCAUUAGAUUGCUGAUAUUGGUCAUCGACACCGGCGAAAUCAAAAUCGAGAAAUGUCUCCUUCAGAAAGAUGUCGAGGGCGAGGCGGACGUAUUCAAGCUGGUCGUAAGUCUGAUGAAACCUGAUAAGUGCUGCUACCUUUUGUACGACUGCCACUUUGAAACGAAGGAAUCAAGUAGAAAAGAGGAACUGGUCUUCAUGCUGUGGGCUUCUGAUACUGCAAAAAUCGGCGAAAAAAUGAUUUACGCUUCCUCCAAAAGUUCUCUAAACAACCUGUUGGAUGGUGUCAAGCAUAGGUUGCAGAUAAAUGACAUUGCAGAUAUGGACAGGGCGGACUUUGGCAAAAGGCUUGGAAACGUGGUGAAGCUCGAGGGCAACAGUGUUUAAUUGUACUUUUCCCAGCAGGCACUUCGCGCUUUCCCCGUUUUUUGUAAAGAGGUACAUUUAAAGGGAUUUGAGGGGAUAAUUGCAAGAUUUUCCCAUUGAACUUUGUUUUUGCAGUGGGUCCACAACAGGGGAAGUUAAGAUUUGGGCUUUUGAUGAGUUUAGAUUCCACAAACCCCUCAUGUUUAUUCCCUCUAAACUUUCCAGGCACACACGUACAUAAGCCAGUCACGUCAUUUUUCAUACUUCUAAAGUAAUAUUAAUUUGCUGUUUAUUUACAUGCAUACUGUUCAAUUCUUAUGUGUCAACCCAAAGGACUCCCUAUUCAAGUUCAAUAGGUCUAAAUGACUGUGCUUGUAAAUUUAAGGUGACUGUUUUUCCUAUUGCCUGACUAUUACAAAGAAAGUUUAAACAAAAUGAAACAGUUGUACUGUAAGUAUUAUCAAAUAAAUUCAUUGCAAUCUG